CAAACUGAAUCUCUCCUAAAACAGCCGACAGAUAUAAAUAGCUUAUUUUAUCCUCAAAUAUAAAACUGGGAGAAUUCAUUAAUGUAAAUAAUGUUUUACCAAAGUUGACAGACACAGAUAUUUCUGCUAUGUUUUGAAACUGUAUAUUUUAAUUACAUGUGUUUUUAAGAAAAAAAAAUAUUUUCAGUGAUAUUGUAGAGCUGCCCACACACGACUGCAGUAAAACUGCCCUGCACAAACCUGUUUUUUGUAACUACUUUUUCAGUCUAUUUUGAAAGUAGUUUAACCUGACUACUUUGGCUAACAUCAGGAACAUUAGGAAUUUGCUAAUCUGCUACAUCAACCCUUCAUGGGCAAGCUGAAGCUAAAAAUGCUCUCAACAUUAACUAUCUCAACACAGAUUACCACUAAGUGAAGGUAAUGAUGACGAUAAGUAAGGGGGAACGUGGUGACAGUAAUUGGAGAAUGUCAUAUGUCAUGAGCGGUUUACUGAGCGGUAUACCGUAUUUUUUGGUAUUAAGGUGUUGAUUUUUACUAUACCUUCUACAACAGUAUUUAUUUUUCUACAGACAGAUGUUAAGAAUAAUAAUUUAAUUACAUACUGAAAUUGCAAUUCGAGGCAAUAAAUAAUAAUGUGUGCCAUAGUCUGUAAAAAAUAAUGGAUGUACCUACGGUGAUGUCACCCAGUGGUUUGUGGAUUCCCGGUUUGGAUCUGUUGUCAUUCUUGGAUGACAAUAGUGAUGGUUGGAUCUUCAUGCACAAAAAAAAUAAAUAACAAUAAUAAUAAUAAUAAUAAUAAUAAUAAUAAUAAUUGUAGGCCUAUGUGAAUUUCAUCCAUAUUAUCUGAACUGCAAUAUUUUAUUUCCUCACUUGGAGAAAAAACAUGGCAGAGCAUCAUUCCUGUUUGCUCCGGCACCUAUGCAUGUCAACAAGAUGAUUGUAGGAGCCAUUUCUAAAUUUGUUAUUUACCAAUGGAAACAAUAGUUAAAAAUAAACUGAUACUUUUGAUUCAGUUUUGUCCUAGUCAUAGUUGCAUGUUGGCUUAAUUGUAAUCAAAACAAUGAAUGUAUGCAAUAUCUUUAAACUUUUUAAGUAAACCUACUGUCAUAAACACGAGUCUUUAUUUCUACUUAAAUAUUUAAUGUUAGAUCUGUUCAGUUUCUGUUGUCUUUUUUCUGUUUAGUGCUAUUUUAUUUGUUUUUGUCCAUGAUGCUUUUUCUGUAUGUAUGUUAUUCUGUUGUUUUCUUUUGAUACUAUGUAUGUUGACAGUUUAAAAUGAUGAUUAUAAUAAUUAUUCAUUGAAAAAAAGGGAAAAAAAAGAGGAGUUUCUCGGAAAAUUACAGGUGAAGCCAAACAUGCCUCUUCUUAUAGGAAUUCAGCUUAAAUUAAACGUGAAAUGAAAUGUAUCCACAGGCUGCCUCAGUCUACAGACAAAGACAGUUAAAGGAGCGAACGAGAGAAUGAUGUACAACUUGAGUCCACUCUUCCAUUAAUUUAUAGAUAUUUACAUCUAUGAAUAAAGUGUUUGCCCAGCAGAAUCAAAUUGUUUAUUAAGAUACUCAAAUUUUUUCUCUUGAGUAAUUACUCCAGCUUUAAUCGAUAUCACAUUUAAAGUGUGUAUCAAUCAAUCUUUAUAUUGAAGCCAACUCUGAAACACAAGCCAAAAUUCCUGUGCAGGCUCACGCUGGAGGAAAAAUAAAAUCAUUCAUGUAAGAAGGGAUUGGAUAGAUGUCAUUCAAAAUUUUAAAUGACACUUAUUCGGCUUUCGGUAGGACUGGAUAGGAAAAAUAUUGUUUCUUUUAUUUCCCUUGUCUCAUUGUCACUAGGUGUACAACCGAAAGGCGGAACCACAAACGGAGCAGAUACUCACUUCCGAUACCGGAUCUUCACAGUGUAACAUCCAGCGGAAGUAGUCAAAACAAGCUGGAAGGUGAAAUUAAUUAGUUAAAUACUAAUUAAACAACAAUGUCUUCAGUAGAGUAUUUGAGAGAGUUUGUCAAAGAGAAACUAAGUGCUGCUGCUGAAGAAAUAUUCGGAGUUUUUACAAAAACUAUCGUCGAGUACGAGGAAGAGAUCAACCGUCAGCGCAGACUGUUGGACGUCGUUUUGAAACCUGAAAUAAAGUUACACAGGAUAGAGCUCCCACAGCAACAUGUGUGUAAGGAGGAGGAGGAGGAGGCUCUCACUGACCAGCAGCUCUGUAUUCAGGAGAGGAUCCCCACUCUGGACCAAGAGGACCCAGAGCUCGCACAGAUUAAAGAGGAACAGGAGGAACUCUGCACCAGUCAGCUUGAACUGAAGGAGGAGGCUGAUACCUUUAUAUUGACUCCAACUCAUGAGGAAAGUGACCACAGUGAAGAUCAACCUCUGGACUCUGAUGAUACUUUUGGUGAAGCAGAAAAAGAGUCUGUCGCCAACAUGCCAGUUAUAAGCUCUGUAGUAUCAGAAGCACACAGUGACCACCAGGUCCUCUUUCACAAUCCUCAUGAGGCUGAGAGGAAAGAGCAGAAAGGAGGCAAGCAUGGAGACUCAGGACCAACUAGAAAUGCAGAAGCAGAACUAAAGGAAAGACACCAUAAAAGCAGAAGUCGCUGCAGUUCUCGCACAGGUAAAAAGUCUUUAAAAUGUGACACAUGUGGGAAAGAUUUCCAGUAUAAGUCAUCACUGGAGAGACACCUGAGAGUCCACACAGGUGAAAAGCUGUUUACGUGCAAACAAUGUGGGAGAGGUUUCAAGCAGAAUUCUCAGUUGACCGGCCACAUGAAAUGCCACUCAGGUGAGAAGCCAUACACUUGCAAAACAUGUGGAGAAAAUUUCAAAUUUAGUAAUGCCUAUUUGGUUCACAUGAGAACACACACAGGUGAGAAGCCUUAUACUUGUAAAAUCUGUGGAAAGGGUUUUGGACAAAGCAGUAGUUUGUUGGUCCACAUGAGAACACACACAGGUGAGAAGCCUUAUACUUGUAAAAUCUGUGGAAAGGGUUUUGGACAAAGCAGUAAUUUGUUGGUCCACAUGAGAACACACACAGGUGAGAAGCCUUAUACUUGUAAAAUCUGUGGAAAGGGUUUUGGACAAAGCAAUACUUUGUUGGUCCACAUGAGAACACACACAGGUGAGAAGCCUUACACUUGUAAAAUCUGUGGAAAAGGUUUUGGAUGUAACGGUAGUUUGUUGGUCCACGUGAGAACACACACAGGUGAGAAGCCUUUUACUUGUAAAAUCUGUGGAAAAGGUUUUGGAUGUAACGGUAAUUUGUUGGCUCACGUGAGAACACACACAGGUGAGAAGCCAUAUACUUGUAAAACCUGUGGAAAAGGUUUUGUACAAAGCAGUAGUAUGUUGGCCCACAUGAGAACACACACAGGUGAGAAGCCUUACACUUGUAAAAUCUGUGGAAAAAGUUUUGGAUGUAACGGUAGUUUGUUGGUCCACGUGAGAUCACACACAGGUGAGAAGCCUUUUACUUGCAAAACCUGUGGAAAGGGUUUUGGACGUAACAAUAAUUUAAUGGCCCACAUGAGAUCACACACUGGUGAAAAGCCAUAUACUUGCGAAUCCUGUGGGAAAAUUUUCAGGUUUAAAAGUAGUUUGUUGGUCCACAGGAGAAUACACACUGGUGAGAAGCCAUACACUUGCAAUUCCUGUGGGAAAAGUUUCAGGUUUAAAAGUAGUUUGUUGGUCCACAUGAGAAUACACACAGGUGAGAAGCCGUAGGCUUGCAAACCUGUGGGAAAAUAUUUUGUGUCAUGUCACAAUUGGAAAGACAUAUGACAAUCCACACAGGUGAGAAACCAUACACUUGUGAAAUGUGAGAGAAAAUAUUCAGGUAUAGUAGUAACUUUUGACAGUCCAAAAACUAAAGGGCAUAAAAAUGUGCACACAGACAAGUACAUUUCUGUUGAAACCCACACAGGUAGGUUACCUGUUUCAAGUUCUACCCCUGCUAAUAUGUUUUAUUUAAAUUAUUUACCUCAGAAUACUGCAAAAACAUUUCAGUUAAGUGCAGAGACAAUAACCAAACUUUCCUCUUUAUAUUGGUGGAAGUAUAUAUUAAAAUAGAAGUGUUCUAACAAAAAUAUUAGGAACACAGUAAGUCAUGUUACUGUUCCUUCAUCAAGGUGUUUUUGUCUUCUUCAUGUGAUGAUAUUAAGUGUGAAAACACAUGGAAAAUGUGUGAUAAAUACUGUACAAAUAACAAAAUUAAGGAAGUAUCUUUCAAUAAAUUACAAAGAAUUUACACAGUAAAGUUUGUGUUUGAAAGAUUCAGCCUGGAUUUUCAUUAUAAAUGUGAUUUCUGUGGACUGUAAAAAGAGAGUAUUUCUCUUUUCUUUUUUUGUUCUUGUGUAUAUAUACCAGAAUGUUUUGGAUUGAUGCUGCCAUCUUUAUAAUAAAGACAUUUCAGAUAAAUGUUCAGAUAAAUAUGUCUGAUGUAACGCUAUAUUUUAGAGAAGAUUAAAAAUAACGUGUAAUAUACAACUUUUAUUAUUUUUGGAAAACUCUUAAUUCGUAAUAAAAAGUGA